CAAGAUUCGCACGUGUGUUCACGAUGAUGAUUUGCGUAUUUCUCACACGGCGUUGAACCGUGAACGACGAACGACUACGUGACCGAUUACCGAACGCAACUUGCUUCACGUAGCGCCCCAAAGCAGGCGCGACGUCCGCCUAGAGGCAAGCUCAAGAGAAAAAAGAACAGGAAAGUCGAAUACAUGGGCUACGCCUUCGUAACGACGGAGCUGUGUUAGCUCUGGAUGCCAAAUACCGCGCAUCAACCUCAUCUGGGGGAUUGUCGUAGGCAAGCAAUGGUUGUAUAAUAGGAUUCAAUGCCGGUUGCGUGUAUACGUCUCUAUUCGGAAGGCAAAGCAAUCCGCGGAACGCCCUGUAUAGCAGACGACGUCGUUGUCGUCUGCUCAGUGGCGCGCGGAGUCGCUCGCUUGCCCCGCAAGCAAUGGCGGCCGCGCCUACGGCGCCGCCGCCGCCGGGGAAGCCAUACUACAAUGGCGGUCGCACGUCCGGGACGGGGCCAAGCGGACUGGAACAGCGCUUGUCCUUUCUUCGCGCCAGCCCAGUUGAAUCCGUGCACACAUGACACACGCUCCGUGUGCGUGGCGUGAGGCACGAUGCCCUACAAUAACCGAGCGACGACGGCACCUCUUCUUUUUCUUUCUUUCUUACCAUGACCAGAAGAGACAGGCCGGCAUGCACGCACACACAGGUCUACACUGACGUUGGUGGAGGUGGCGUAGCGGUCUCCCUGGCGGACUCCGCGGUGUGAAACCAAGAGGACACGUCGUAGUCGACGCCGCACACGACGUGGGAUCGAGUAACAGAUAGGAUCACUGCCUAAGGAGCCAAGUUGCAACAGUGUCGAAUGGAACCAGUGCGCUGAGCGGGACUUAGCCGCGAGAGGAUCGCCGCAAACGUCGUCUUUCAUAUUCGUUCCAAGUCACUCCAGGUCACGCACUCUUUAGUCUAUCAUGGCACCCUCACUCUGGGCACCUUCGCUCGUGUUCCUGGGAACCUGCUCCUGCUGGGCGCUGGCGUCCGGCGGCACCUCCUCCGCGAUGGUGGGCCUCCUGGCAACGUCCAGAUCUCUGAGUCCGAGCUCGUGGCACGCUAACAGAACCGGGAGCAGCAGCGCGUCGGCCGCCAGAGUGGGCGCCAGUUCCGCGUCGUGGAGCCUUCCCAUAACCAGCAGUUUCCUGCCGUCGUCAGCGCCACCUUUUUCGACCACGACCGAAUCGCCCUCCAGCUACCUCAAGAACCACGCGACCAGCUACUCCUUGCCUACUGUCCAGGCCGGAAGCAAGGACCCCGCGCACAAAUUGAGCUCAGCGAACUUACUCUACACGGGCUCGCCGAGCAGCCACGCCGCGUACGCGGCCGCCGCUUACUACGCCACGUCGUCGACGUCCACCACGACCACGACGACGACACCGCGACCCUUCUCGUACAAUCUGCCGUACAGCCCCGUAGACCACUACUUCGACAGGAACACCGCCGGAAGUGGCGGUCACAAGGCGUCGGCGACGUUCAAGCACGGGACGUCGUCCUUCAAGCAGCCGUCCAGCGGCGGGGGUGGCUACUACACCUCCGAAGAUUACGAGGACGAAGAGGACGACCGCGACGAAGCCCGCAGGGACCGGUAUCACCUGACCAGGAACGACGCGCUCAAGCCGUCGGACUAUGACUCGGCCGAGACGUCGCCUCCCACGUACGUGAAGACCAAGUAUGGCUACACGGCUCGAAACCCCCUGUUGAUGACCAGCGAGAGCUCUAAGGUCCUGUCGGGAGUGAGUCGCGGAGACGUCGACAAGAGCGUCUCCGCGUCUAGCGGCGGAGGGAACCGGCUGGGCGACAAGGAUGUCGGAGACAAGACAUAUGCGACGGCGUCCAGCGACCACUACGACUACAAGGGAGGCUUCGUGGCGGCUGACUACGCGGACGACUUCGGAUUCCCGGACCUGGAUCCCCACUACCUGCCGUACCUCCAGCACCGGCGCAAGCACCACAGUGGCAAGGGACCGCUAGCCCUGCUCCUGGGCCUUCUGCCCCUGGGCCUACUCAUGGCAGCACUCGUCCCGAGUGUCAUCAACCUUCCGGUGGCCGCGGUCGGAGCCGUGGGCGCGGCGGGAAGGAGGCGCAGGGAAGCUCCGAGCUACCGGAACCCCAUCUUAGACUCCAUCGCCAAGUUCGGCGUGAACAGUCUGGAAGACCCUCUCUGCCUGCAGCGCAUCUUCUGCGAGGUGACGGCGCAGGGCAAGGCGCCGGAAUCCCUGCCGGUCCAGAAGGUCUUCUACACGCUGUCGACACUAGUCAACGAUCUCUGGGCCGAGAGGCUGGGCCUCAAAGUCCUGUUCGGAGCAGUCAAGAAAGGACAGUGCGAAGUGUUCCGGUGCAAAGCGGCGAAGCCAACCAAGCGGGGAAAGCACAGGAGCAACAAGUCGAAAAACAAGGACGCGAGCGCGAAGAAGGCUCCCAAGGAAUAAAAGUGCGGUUACAC